AAUGUAAUGAAUGUAUAGUUUGCGCGCAUUUAUUGCAUAAACAUUGAGACAAAUGUUUAUUGUUUUGAUUAUCAAAACAUUUGAUUCAAACAAUUGAUUAAUUGAUUUAAUCAUUAAUUAUGUCCAUCACGUGUUUGGCCGUCACUUCUGUACAACUGAUCCAUAGCUAAAGUGGAAAUGCCAUCAAAAGGACUUCAAAGUGGCAAACGAUACAUCAGUUCCGACUCUGAAGACAGUAUUAUAACAGAAACACCAAAGAAGUCGACGAUUGGCGCCAAACGAAAACCAAACAACAGUGACGAAGAAAUGGUUCAAAAGAGUGACAAAUACGAUAACAUCCGACUUUCAAACGGCAAAAUUAACGGCAUUUCGAUGGACACGACAGGAAUCAGUAUUGGACCGGCUCUUAGCCCUCACGUUGUCCUCAAUCGCAAUGAUAUCGAGACGUACUCCAAACGAAAGAGUCUCGGAUUUAAUGCACCGAAAGCCACACCAAUCGGUGAAAGAGAUGAACGCAUUGAGCGGAUUAAACGACAGACAGAAAGAGUAGACAAACAGCGGCGAAGUGUUGGCGGUUUAGCUGCAUUGGCGGCCACACCGACCGCAACAUCAACGGGUGUAUCAAUGAGUGGCGUACAACUCCGAAAACACUAUCAGACAUGUAUUGAAAUGUCGACAACUAAUAAAAUUAACGCCAAGAAUGCAUUUGGUCUACACUUGAUUGACAAUAUGUCUGAAUUGAUUAGAGAAGAUACACAAAAUGGUUGCGUUAACUUCAAGUUGGCUGGAAGUGCUUUAGAUGCCGGCGCUAAGAUAUACUGUCAUCGAGUGGACUCAGUUCACGCCGAAGCCCAGAAAGUUGCCUCCAGUUUAGUGAUGGCUUUGAAUAAUGAGAAAAACAGCAACAAUAAUGGUUCAAAUGAUAUGAAUGCUGAUGACAAUCAAAUGGAUGACCAAAACGAAGAACUGGAAGAUACAGAAGGACAGCAAAAACAAAAGAGAAAGAAAACUAAACGAAAUGUUAAGACUUUGGCACAAAAUAUUGAAUCAUUAAAUGCCACUAAAUUAGAGACAAAUUUAGAGAUUGAUCCCGUCUUUCAUCACUUAUCUGCUGCCUUUGAUAUGGGAAAUGUUAACUCUCUUUUAAUGGCUAAUCUUAAGCUAAAUCCAUCCGGUCUACUAUUGUUAGACUCAAACUCAUCACUUAAUUUUGACAAUUAUAAUGUCCAAAGAGAGUCCACAAUGCAAAAUGUAUCUCAAUUUUAUCCGCUAAUGAAUGAGAUUAUUAAAAGUUCAACAAAAAUUUGUCCCAAAUUAUCAAAUUUUGAGUUUCUUAACAGAGAUGAAGGAAUUAAUCUGAUUCCUCGUGAAGAAGAUCCAUCAUUCACACGAAGAGAUAGUUUUACUUUUGAUUUGAAUGCAGACGUCGAAGAUAUCGAAGAUCUAGAAAAUGAAUAUAUGGGCGGAGGAGACAUAUUCGACAACGAUGUCAAUGAUGAUGACGAUUGUAAUGAGGCCGCAGCCGAAGGAACGGACGAAACGGUCAAGAAGUCGUUAAUACGCGCUAUGAAUAUGCAGGGCGUCGGAGAUCUCGUGAAGAUGUUAUCGGAUAAACCAAACGAUUACACAUAUUUUAAUCCAAAACUGUUGAGUACUUGGGCCGGACCUCUUCAUUGGAAACGAAUGCCGUUUUGGAACAGAAAUCGAACUGAAAAUCAAGGCACUGAUGGUGACAAACCUCGACGACAAAGAAAGCAGUUCCCGGAACAGCAUUAUAAAGAAGAGUUUGAUGAGGAAGAGGCAGAUCAAAUGGGUGGAAAUGAUCAGAAACUAAAAGUGGCUACACUUCAGAAGUGGUCCACUAACAACAAUGAACUUAAAUUACCACAAGAUCACGGAUUUGAUCCUAAAAUGUUGGCACAAUCUUUCAUUAAACCAGACGCUACUUUCCAGUGCGCCAAAAGUCACGAAGAUGUAUUGGAUACCACCAUCAACAGUGACAACUCGUUUGGAGCGCCACCAUCUCCAGGAACGGAGCGUUACGAUUACGAUGACGAUGACGACAUCCCAACGGGUGGUUUCACUGAUCCGUUAGAUUUAGCGCACAGUCAGCCGUAUUCACAGCUCAACACGAAUACCAAUAUGGCGUUUAUUGGCGAUAAUCUUGUAGAACAACCGUAUGAUUUGGAAAAUAUUCUCAUAAAUUUCGCCAAAUUUGCCAAAAAGAUGGACGUCAAGAGGCUUAAGAAGGCCAUGUGGGACGUUAUCAUUCCCUUAUCUGAACCUCUCAGUCCCACAACACCGGAGUUGACUAUACCGCGAAAAAGUCCGACAAACUUGAAUUUUACACAUUUGUAUAAAACAUUACCACAAAAAAUCACACCAAUUAUGACUCAAAACUUGAGUGCACCCAUAGCUUUCGUCACACUUCUUCAUCUAUGUAACGAAAAAAACCUCAAACUUAUUGGAACCGAUGAUAUGUCCGAUUUCAUCAUCGAAACAGAAUAAUAUAUAACCAAAUAUAGUAAUUAAUUAAUUAAUAAUUCUAUCAUUAAUAAUAAUUUUAUUAUUAUUCAAAUACAUUAUAAUAUCUAUUGACAAA